AUGGCUGCCAGCUUCACACUAGCUCUUACCGCUCUCCAGGUUGUGGUUUUAUUGUUGGGGAUCGUCACCAAUGGAUUCAUGCUUGGAGUUAAUCUUUCAGACUGGAAGGGCUGCAGGUCCCUCACUGCUUCCGACUACUUCAUAUGUGCCGUUGGCUUUUCCAAUCUCUCCCUUCAGAUAUGGUCAGGAUUUGGCUGGUUUUGUGACCUUUUCUGGAACUUCGAUGCAUUCUGCCGAUCUGCUUAUGCCCUGAAAAUGAUUUCCAUUCAGAGCAGUCUCACAGUAUCAGGACUGCUUUGUGUGUUCUACUGCACCAGAAUCCUGACCUUCAAUCACACUUUAUUUCGUGUUUGUCAGCGACACUUUCUGAAGUCCUACCGACAAAUAAUAAUUAUCUGCCAUAUUUUGUGCGUUGUGAUGGGGUCGCCACUGUUCUUCAUCGGGGAGAAGUACCAGGGCCAAAACAAGGACCUCCCUUUGGCCAACGACAGUUCUAUCUACAGAGAUACUCUAAUGUAUGAGGAACCCCUUUUUUUAGCAUAUCGUACUUUAGUUCUGGCUUUUGGGUAUACCAUUCCGUUGGCAUUAACCAUUGGAUCCGCAAGUCUUAUAAUAACUUCUCUAUUGCGCCACAUGAAUCGAAUACGCGACACCUUGAAUACGAAGAAUGAGGCUUUCAUAGAUGCCCAUCUCUGUGCUGGCUUCACCGUUCUCUCUCUUCUUGUGUUAUUUGUUAUGUAUUUUAUAACUGCCAUUAUUAAUAUCAUUGAGAUUUUCAAAGUAGGGGAGCCAGGCUCCAUCAUCUGUCAGCUAGUCUCUAUGCUAUAUGCUCCAGCACAUAGCGUUGUGCUAAUUAGAGGCAAUUCCAAACUCAAGAAAGCAUCAGCUAAUGUUUUAGAGAGGAUGAUGUGUGUUCUAAAGCCAAAGGGAUGGAUUAAAGAGAAUACACCUGUCUAUAUAGCUCAUCAUUAA